AUGAAUGAGAAUGGCUCAAACUAUAAUGCCAGAUUUUCAGCCCCUUUAAAGAGGGAAAUCAUACCGCUUCCAAAAUUACCACCUUUAAAUACUACUGGGGCUACAUUUAAAGAACGAUCUAAAUCUCACAGAAGCAGCACUGAAUUACCUAUAGGUUGGACUCCUGUAAGUGGGCACGACCAAAGCUUAUCUUAUGUUAGUGAGCAGGAACAUACUUCUUCAGGAACCACAUUGUCAUCAAGGUAUGAGCAACCAGAUUUGUACGUAACCUCACCUUCCAGUUCUGCCAGAAUGCGACCACCACCGCCACCGCCGCCGCAACCAAGGAAUCGACAAAUAUUGAAUGAACUCUCCACAGUCCCGAGGUCCACACCCCAUACACCGCCCAGGUUUGGAACUACCCUGGGCAAGUCAAGCCCAAAUGCAUCAUAUAGUUCUCCAUUUGUCGGCGAAGCUGAAAUAGAGCAAGGUUUUCAAAAGGAAGGGGUGAAUUCAAGAGUAUAUAGAUCACCGUUCAUCGGGGAUCCAGAUUUGAGUAUUGUUAGGGGGAGCGCGAAGGAUAAUGGCGUAAAGACCAAGACCUCAAAUGAAAGUAUGCCGUAUAUUUCUUUCGACAAUACUGCCUACCACACAAGAGCCCUGCCCCCACUUCCGACACCAGAUGGGAGGAAAUCAGCAACUACCGACUUCUUGGAACUGUAUAAUUUGCCCCCUCCAACACUGCACAACAAAACUCGUGACGUUAGCAAUCACAGUCGAGUGUCUGAUAGCAUCGAUAGCUACUAUUCUGAUACAAACUACGCGUUUAACAAUUCUGAAGCACGACAUAGCAGCUUUAAUUCAUUUCUUGGGGGCAAACCCUUAGAACAGGCACCCAGUAUCACAGCACCAACUCAGCCCUUUAGUAUUGAUUCCCUGGAUGAGAACAAACUUUACCAAUGUUACAGUGUGUAUCGGCUGUCUGACAUUUACGAAUGGGUCUUGAAAGUUUAUUUUGAAUGGUUUAAUGAAUGUGUUUUCGGAAAGAUAGAGUUUUUUCAGAUGGUGCAACUACUUUUGGAAUUUCAAUUGCCAAAAAGUUUUGAUCAAGACACCAUAGACUCCAACGUGGACCGAAUUAUUGAGUCUUUGGUCACUCAAAAAGCCGUUCGAUUUGAACCGGACAAUGAUGAAGAAAUUACUAUAAUAGUAGCUGGCCUAAACACAAGUGGUAUAUUUACAGAGCUGUUACCUUGUUAUUCAUUUAUUGAUGCAAAUUAUGGCUCUACAGAUUUCACUCUUUGCUACUCUUUAACUUGUGUGAAUCGCUUACCUUCAGAGAAUAGACAAGAAAUUAAACUUUCAGAGUUGAUUGACAAAUCCGUCGGUGUAUGGGCAGACUACUGGAAGCUAACACCUGAAGAAAUAGCUGAUAUAAACCCGCGUGAAGUACAGCGUCAAAGCUUUAUAUUUGAUUUAAUAAUACUGGAGGAGAGAUCUCUGAAUAUGGCCAACGCUGCUGUUGAAAUAUAUGGAAAACGAUAUGACCCGGAGCUGCUCCCAAAUGAGCCCGACUUCGCAAAAAAUGCAUUUGAUAUUUUUGAGCCAAUGAUUCACCUGCAUAAAGAGUAUUUGCUCUCACCUAUUCUCUGGAAGUUGAAAACGCGAGGUAAGUUCAUUGAUGGCAUAGGAAAAAUAUAUCUGAAAUGGUGCAAUGAAGCACACGAUCUGUACCUGAACUAUGCCUGCUCAAUGGCUAAAGUUCAUGAUAUUAUAACGUGGGAAAAACGGCAUAAUACUCGAUUCGCUCAAUGGUUAAGAGAUGUGGACAACUCACCUGAGAUCAGUCGCUCCAAGAUGUAUCAUGAUGUCAUUUUUUUCGGAGGGUUUUUCAAGUCGUUGCAGAAUUUACCGAUCACCUUGAACUCUAUAUUAAAGAACACAGAGCGUUCCUCUGAAGAUUAUGCUUACCUCGAGCUACUUAUAGCGCAGAUAGAGAAUUUGAGUGUAGAAGUUGAUCGUGCGCAUGGUGAUGCUGUCGAUAAACAAAAAUUGAUGCGAUUUUCAGAACAGCUGGUUUUUAGGAAUAGUGGUGGCAGUAACACUGUUGGCUACGUGAAUUUAGCAACUAAGGAUCACGAGGAGGCUGAGAGACUGAAACAAGAUAGACUGGAUCUAGGUUUGAGGGAUCCUCAUCGUAGAUUGAUAUAUUCUGGAAUAGUUAUGAAGAGAAGAGAAUUAUGGGUUGAUUAUUCCCAAGUUUACAUUGUUUUGCUUGACAAUUACUUUUUAAUCACAGAAAUUGUAAACAAAGGCGAUCAGAAGAGGUACAAGCUGGCUGAACGCCCGAUACCAAUAGAUUAUCUCAGUCUAGAACAGAGGAAAAUACAGGACAUUCCUCAAAGUGCUACAGGUAGCCAGAGAGACUCAAUGAUAAGAUUUGGUAAAGCAUCUAGCCUUACGCCCUUGUCUGCUGUUCGCCCCCAACUGAAAAGCAGUACAAUCAUGGUGGCGAGACCUACUUCAGCUUUUGAUGCUCUGGCAAGUACAGGCACGGAAAUAUCUAAUGAGACUUCAAGCUCUGCCGAAUUUUCCUUUAAAAUCAGGAACACAGCAACUAAUGAAUCCUUUACUUUUUACCUAAAUUCAUCUGAAGAUUGUCAGCGCUGGACUUCAGCGAUAAUGAACUGUUUCAAAGUUUCCAGUGAUCAUAAGUCUAAAGUUGGGCUUGAUUUACAAGUUCUUAGUACUGAGUUCUCAUAUUCAGAAAAGGAUGCACCCGUAAAUCUGCCCGUCGCGCCUGAAGGGUCGGAUAUCGAUAUCGCUUUGAAACACUACGAAAUCGAAAUGAACGAUUUAAAUUCUGUAGUUAACACAUGGCCCACAACUAUCUUUUGCUCCUCUUACUUCGAAUUUGAAGGACAAAGUUUUCUUUUAGUGGCGACAGAUUAUGGUGUCUUACUUAGGCGCGAGGGUAACGGGGCAUCUAGGCUUAUAAGAGUACUACAAACAAACGACGUGAGGCAAAUCGAAGUAAACUCAAAUUUGGGUUUAGUUUUUGUCCUGGAUAACAGGAUUUUGUGUUAUUUUAACAUUGCUAGUAUUGUAGGGGCUUAUUUUAAUCCAGGGAAGUAUCUCAAGCACAAUCGAAUAGUCGGGGUUAUCUUGAGGGAUAAAGUUCGAUGCUUCAAGUUUGCGGAGGACUUUGGUAAUUCUAGACAUUUAUUUUUCGAGAGAAAGGGCAAGAUUUUUGUAUUAACACCAGAAUUUGAUAGAUUGACAAAAAUAUUGCAGUUUUUCAAAGUUUACAAGGUGUAUAAAUUACCAGUUUUUAAUAAUGGCCUGAACAUACCGGAAAUUGAUGACAUUGUGAUAUUUAAGAAAUGCUUUGUCGCUUGUACGUCCAAAGGUGCUUUUCUGUAUCAUGAUUCAUUUAAUGACGAUGGAAUAACACUUCCUAGUUUUUUAAAUGAUCAUGCAAUGUCAAGCUAUAUGAGACACCCGCAUUUAAGCUCCAAUCCCUUCAGAACUGCGGUAGAAUCCUCGUCGAAAAAGGAUUCAUCUAUACAAAAGAUGGCGGAAUAUGUUAAGAAGGAUGUUGCUACUAAUAAAACAAAACCCAUCACUUGUUUUCAGUUAAAAGGCACUACUGAAUUUCUACUAAUAUAUGACGAGGCUGUAGUUAAAAUCGAUUGCCAUGGACAAAUCAGUGACUGGAAGCAAGAUAUUCUGGUUCUCGAUUUUUACUGUACCGGAGCAUCUUAUCAUAUGGGAUAUCUUACCUUGAUAGGUGAUAAUUUGGUUCAAGUUUACAAUCUAAUGCAGCCGAAGCAGGUUCUAGGGAACUUGGUGCCCAUUCAAAUCAUCAAAGGUAAAAAGGUAAAACUCCUGAGUUGCAGUCAGAAUCACGCAACUGUAAUCGCUUUGAGUCAUCCUAAUAUAGCCAACAGACAGCUCCUGCUGGCAUGCAUUCCCAAAGCUUCUAGCCUCUCCAUGUCUAUGUAA